UGCUUUCCUUAGCAUUUUACGUCUUUUCAUUUUACACUAUGUAGGUAUUCGUAAUGCUCACACAUCGACUGGUUAUUUAUGCAAAGAAUCCGCGCAUUGUCGCACUUUUAAGAUUUCGCCACUUUUUAUGUCUUAUGCAAAAUUUUUAUCUGUUUUUAUUUUUUAUCUUUUAUCUGCAUUAUAUUUUGUAAAAAUAUUUUAUUUUUGCUGCAAUUGCCUCUAUACACUUUUUCCUAUUUUUCACGUUUUUUAAGUGGAUGAAAAGGCAGAAAAAUGCUGCAGUUUUUUAUAGAAUUAAUUGUUUGGUUAGGCCUAUGGGGAAUUGUUCUUGUUUUUAAAGGAAUUUCUUUUUAUAAGUUUACUCUUUGUUCUAGUAUUUCUCUCUUAUUUUUUUUCCGUUUUUUUAAUAUCCUAUGUACAUUGUAUUUGAUCUAAAAUAUUUUUUUAUUGUUUUUUAUGUUAAAAAGUUCGUUAAAAAAGUAGCGCAAAAGCAAAAUAAAAUCAGGAACAACAAGUGAGGUUCGAAAAUUGAAUCCAAUUUUGUUGAAAAAAAUAGGAAAGGGAAUUUGAAUCCAAUUUUCUUUCCUUUCUUUUUUCGACAGCUUUUUCGUACUUAUGUCCUUUUUUUCUUUUGCUCAAUUUUAGCUUACAGCUGCGCCACCCGAAAACUUAUUUAUUUUUAUUGUUCAAACUCUUGAAUUUAAAAUAUUUAUCUAAUAAAAUCCCUUCCCCGUCCUUUGGCAAUUAAGCUAAGUCCAACUAUUUUUAUUUUUUUCCUCUUAGAGAUGAUGGCGGACAUUGUUUGUUUCUUUUCUUCCAUUCCAAUGCUAUUUUUCAACCUUUCGACCAAAACUGCAUACAUAAAAAUAUAUUUUUUAUAUCCAAUAUCCUUUUCUGCCUUUCUUUUUUUAUGCAAAAAUUAUUUUUUCUCAUAAUUUUUAUA